GUAUUAUUUUGAAUUGGUACGUCAGUGAUGUAACGUUAUUGGUCGUUAUGGGCUAGUUGUUCUAAUCUUCAAAUAAAUAGAUGAUAAUUUACCUAAUAAGAUAAGUAAAAGGAUGAAAGAAUAGGAACAUAAACAGAAUAAGAGAGUAAGUCAGUUAGAACUGAAAUUUACCGAAAGGUAGAACAAUCCAGUUUGUAAGAAUUGUGAACAAUCGAAGUCUCUGCUCCCCAAGGAGGUUAUCGUUGGCUCCUUCGAUCCUUCUUCGUCGCAGAUCUACGAAAUAGCUGCAAGUGAAAAUCACGAGAGACUACUGUAAAUAUUUAUAGUAUUGACGGCAUUGACAGAGUCAAAAUGUCCAACAUAUUUAAUUUAUUGGGUGGACUUGCUGAAUCUAAUGAAGGUCAAAUAAAGCCCAUUGCACGAUCUAGAACAUCUCACGAGAUUAGAUCUUUUAAGACAAUGGGAGGCACAAAACCGAAGGGACUAUCAAUAAGAUCUAAUUCUGAUAUGAAUAUAUCUAAAAUACAGUCAGCCAAGAAAAAUAUUCAUGAUAAAGAACAGGAUUGUUCAAAAUUGAAAGCAACACAAAUAGAUAGUUAUGGACGUCCAAUAUCUCCAGGAAAGGAAGUAUCAGCAAAAAAAGAGAUUGUACAAUCAUCAAAGAUUAAAGAGUGUGCUCUGAAGAAGGAUAGUACAAUUAACAAAUAUACAAAAAAACAAUUAAACGAUAGUGUUUUUAAGAAGCCAUUACUGCCUAAGAAGAAUAUCAAAAGGCUUCCAAAACCAGAAAAAUUAGUGCAUUGGUAUGACAGCCAACAUGAUUUUGAUUAUGGAUACAUUGAGGCUGUUGAAAAAGAAUUUAAAGAUCUAUUCUCUAAGGAGAAAGAGAACAUAAAACCUUGCGAAGACAACGUACUAUCAGAUCCAGAAACUUUGCUCUUGCCAGAUAUCAUGAAGCUUACUCCUGAUAAAACUCUCGAUGAAGAAUGCGAAAAAUAUUUAUCUCCUAACUUACUCGAAGUAUCUGAUAUAUCUGAUGACGAAAAUCCGUAAUGAUAAUUAAUAAUAAGAAUUAUUUUAAUAUUGUAAUUUCAUAAUUUCUUUUAUAAGAAUA